AUGGAUCUAGCGGCCCUUGCCGCCGUCCAGCCCUCUCGUCCAGAAGGCCAACCUCAAGCCAAUAUUCAUGUGAUCGGAGCCCAACAAGUCAACCCGAACAAGCGUCGACGUACGGGCAGAGGAUCAUCUCAAGGCAACUCGAAACGAACGAAGUGCAGCCGCCUCAGCAGCAGCGAACCUCACUAUCCACCCGCUUUCUGGGACAAUCUAUCCUGCAUACAUUUACAAGAAGACGCUUUGGAAGAGUUGGAACGAAGGAACAGACAAGUACCCGGAACGCGCGACUGUUUUCAUCUUUCAGAUACUGCGCUUCCUGAGAAACGAUCUGCGCUGCUUUCCCUUGACCAUUGCGUGCCCGACCACCUCAGAGAACUGGAACAGCUUGCCAGCGCCGGCGGGCCAGACCUGUCAGCCCUGAGAGGCUUUCGAGCAGCCAUAGACCCUCAAAUGCCCUGGGUGAUCUCGGUCCACCCUGAAUCUCGCAGCCACACGUCUGAUUCGAACCCCGCGUCGACCUCGCAGCCAACCGAGAGCACCGGGCCCUAUUCCCGCAACUUCCAGCAGAACCUCCUCGACGGCGCAGUCUACCCGCCGGGGUAUAAGUUUUCCAACGGUCGCCUACCCAACAAACCACACAAUUGGGAGGUCAUCAAUACAAGAUUGAAAGAGCGACGGGGGUCUCUGUCGUCGUCAACAUUCUCGGAGGCAGAGCAUACAGACUUUGUGCAGAGGAAUGACGAUGCUGCGAAGAAGAAGCAGGUGAUCACAUCCGUUAUACCAAUAAUUGAGGGUUGCGACCAUAAAUGCGUGUGCAGGGAUGUCCCAUUCACAAACCUGGACCAUCUCACGGACGGGACACUCGCCCCUGGCCGUCCAGACAUCUGUUACGGUGCGCGUCCCGAACAACUAGAUCGACGCGUCCUGGAUGAGUUGAGUAAGUCUAUCGUUCCAUCGACACAAGAUGAGAAUCUGCCCGUCGUCCCGAAUUUCUUCCUUGCCGUAACAAGUCCGAGUGGCCUUUUCUCGACGGCGCUCCGGCAGGCUACCUAUGACGGCGCCCUCGGGGAGCGAGGUGUCCUCCGCCUAUUAUCAUUUGGGGAAACCGCGGACCCCGUCUUUGACAAUAAUGCCCAUACCAUUUCGUCGAUAUAUCUUCAUGGAAUGCUUACCUUGUACACCGUCUACUCGUCCCCGUCGGCUGGUCCUGGUAGUCGGCCCGCAUACUUUAUGCAUCAAUUGAGAUCGUUCGCCAUGCACGACUCGCCUGAAACAUUCCGCGCAGGAGCCACUGCGUACAGAAAUGCUCGGGAUUGGGCCGAAGAGCAAAGAGAUGCGGCUAUCAAGCAAUCGAACGAACGGGUAAAUGACAGGCAAAGGACCGCACUUGCGGCCGAGACGACGACCGUCGAGCAAAAAAUGUAA